GAACAAAAGGAGCCUGACAGUGAGUAAGGGCAGCAAAGGAGCUGUUCCAUGGCGUCUCCGCGAACUGUCACCAUAGUUGCCCUUUCUGUGACUCUGGGGCUUUUCUUCGUGUUUAUGGGGACCAUUAAGUUGACUCCCAGGCUCAGCAAGGAUGCAUACAGUGAGAUGAAACGGGCAUAUAAAAGUUAUGUGAAAGCCCUACCGGCACUAAAGAAGAUUGGCAUCUCGUCUGUGUUUCUUCGUAAGGCAAUAGGUUCCCUUGAGCUGGCUUGCGGGAUUGUUCUAACUUUAGUCCCUGGGCGACCUAAAGAUGUGGCCAACUUCAUCCUCCUCCUUCUCGUCCUCAUUGUUCUUUUUUUCCAUCAGCUUGUUGGAGAUCCUCUAAAACGGUAUGCUCAUGCCCUGGUUUUUGGAAUUCUCCUGACCUGCCGUCUUCUAGUAUCUCGCCAGCCCGAGGAAGAGUUCCCAGAGAAAAAAUUAUCACGGGGCAACAAUGGAGCACAUUCACGAGAACCCAUUAAGAUGAAGGUGUCUUAAAAUGAAUCCAUUCACUGGGGGGGGGAGGGUUAUAAAAAAUGGAAACUCCAGAGAAUAUUCUCCCAGACACUCCUAUCUUCCUGAGAUUCAAUACAUUACAAUACAAAAACUAGCCCCUAUCAUCUAAACUUGGCAUGUUGUUCUGAGAAGCGUGGUAUCCAUGGAAAGAUUAUACAUUAUCAGCUAAAUGUGCAAGUUUCAAGAUGGUUAAAGGUUAAUUCAUCUGAGGACGAUCAAAAGAACAAGCAGUAAGGAGAUACUGUGGGCAUUACAUGAACGGCAGCAGCAAUUGCACCAAAACUCUGUUGGACCAUAUGAAAAUUAAAUCUGCGAAAACAAAAGCCCCCAAACUAAGCAAAGACCCUUUUAUGAUAGUGUACAACUAUUUAUUUAUGUAUUUUUUUGUUUGUGUUUAAUGUUUAAAUAAAACAAGUAAACUCAGUGUCACUUUGAAUUGAAACCUAGUUAGAAUCUCGGGAUUCUGGCAAAUGCCAGUGGCUACAUCCAUUAUCAGGGAAAUUUUAGUUUACAAGACACUAUUACUAUUGGCAUCAAGGGCAGAGAGAUUUUUAUUUGUGGGGGAAAAGUCUGUUUGAGCUUGAGCUACUUCAGUGUCGACCAACUUAUCUGAUAUGAGCCAGACUGUAUUAAAAAGUUGAUUUCAUACAAAAACUCUGUGGAGCCAUUGGCAUUUCUGGGACAAAAAUCCCUUGAAGGUGUGCCUUCUGAUCCUCAAUCCUGACACUGCUAAGUGAAUAGUGGAGGACAUUUAACAAAGCUGUGCAAGAUAUAUAUUUGAAAAAUAACUUACUGACGGAAUGAUUGCUUUUAUGAAUACAAUUGUACAAAUGAGUCAUACGAAUUAAGAACAGUCUGCCAAAAGAAUACCUGCUACAUGUUAAAGCUACAGACUCCCAAUGUGUAGAAACAAAUGUACAGAUACAAUGAAACACAAGUGGCAUGCAUACAGCAAACAUUUGCUCCUUGUACUUGUUUCUGCACAUUUAGGUGACCCUUUUAUAGCUUUCCACAUUCAAUUGCUUCAUAUAUAUCCCAUUCCUGCCACCAUAUGACCUCUGCUCUACAGCCUUAUCUGCUGCUUCUAAUGCUUUUCUGUUACACCCAGACCUCCAUGCUAUGUUUUCUUUUCCAUUGUACAGGGUUUACUAGUAAUAUGUUUGCAUAAUGAGUUCACCCUUACAAGCAUUAAACUUAAAGUUGGAUAUUUAUAAACAAGUGAAAUAGAGUUCAACUCAGUUCAUGAGUGGGACAUUUCACAGCUCUUUAUUCACUAGUACAGGUAUGGGUUCCCUUAUCUAUAAUCCAGAAAGCUCCAUAGAGCUCCCAUAGAGUCCAUUAUAAACAAAGGAAUUUAAGGGGCAUAUUUAUCAAAUGGCAAACUCUCACUUUUAAAAAUCCCAUGUAAAGAUUAAGAGAGAAUUGUGAGAACUGUUUCAAGCUUAUAAUAUGAUAUGUCCCAAAUGAAUCCAAGACACAGAAACUGGUUCUACUGCAGUGUCCUGCCAAUAUGAUCAUUUCAUUUUAAAAUUAAAUAUUAAUCUUUUCUA